UGGAGCAGAAGGAGGAGGAGGUGGAGGAGGCUCAAAAAGCAGGUUAAAACCAGCUGCACAUCUCAUCGUGAAAGAAGAUCACAGGAACACAGAGGGACACACAGGGACACACAGAGGGACACAGAGGGACACACAGGGACACACACAGCAGGCUCUGGACUAUGGCGUCCUCCACCUCCUCGGCUGGCGUCCUGCCGUCAGGCGGCCGGAUCUUCACCUCCGUCCCCGACGUCUUCUUCAUCCCAGAGUUUGUGUGCGGGGGUCUGGUGUGGAUGCUGGUGGCGUCCACUAGCGCUGACUCACCCAACCCUCUGGGCUGGGUGAUGUUCGUGUCCGUCUUCUGCUUUGUGAUGACCACCGUCUGGUUCUUUAUCUUCCUCUGCGGAGCCAAUCAGGGCAGCAUCUGGCCCUCACUGGACGUGGGCAUCCACUUCCUGGCCGUGGUGUUCUACCUCAGUGCAGCGGUGAUGCUGGCCUUCAUCACCGUGGGGCUGGGAGAGGUGGCAUCAAUCUUUACUGAGGCUCUGAAGGUCUACCGGAUGUACAUUGCUGCAGUGGUGAUGUCCUACGUGGCCACGCUUCUCUACUUCCUGCACGCCAUCUUCUCAGCCAUCCGAUGGAAGACUUCCUGAGAGAAAGGAGGAGGAGGAAGACCAGCUGACAUGAAGCUUCGCCCAAUCUUUUUUAUUAUUAUUGAUCAAAGUUGAUUAAUCAAGUUAACGAGGGAAGCUUAAACAUUAUUAACACAAAAUUCACUUUUCUUAAUCAGGUCGUCAUUAAGCAGGAGUCAUAAUUAUUCAUAUAUUAUUUACUUGAUGGUAUCAGUGAGGACAAUGAGUGUAAAUAAUUCAUUUAGCAUCUUGUAUUAUUGUUAUUUGUUGGUGUGAUUGCGACAGGCGGAUCGGUCUGAUUCCAUCGAGGUUUGACGUCAUCUCAGCCGUCACAGCUCCAGUGUGGGCUUGUGCCCUGCUCUCCAUUCCUAGAUGGUCCUUGAGUUCCUCUACGAUCAAACAAAAGAGGCCUUAAAUGUUCACUUCACACAAUGUAAAAAACAAAAACAAUUCUCUGAAAUACUUUUUCAUAGAACUGAUUCUUUUUUAGGUUGAAUGUAAAAUUGGUCAGUUUUGUUCACAGGAAGAAGGACACAAUUCUAAAAUCCAUCAGCACCUAAACUAGAAUUUAAUUCAGCUCAAUCAUCACUUCAACGUGAAACUUUUCAACAAGUCAAAGAGUUCACUUCCUGUUUGGCCACCAAUGGUUGAGAAGGCCCUGAGUGACCUUUAACCUUCAAUGGGCCUGAAGGUAGAACAUUCCAAGCCUUUGUCGGGUGGAGGCAGUGGAAGCUGGAGGGUGGGGUUAGUAACACGGUGACUUUCUGCAUUAAUCACGAGAAGAGAGUUUAGCCAAUGAAGAAGAAUAAAGUCUCUGAAUCACAGUUAUUUUGUUUAUUUAUU